GAGCUCCACCCUCCUCCAGGCUGCCGUCACCGGGGCUGCCUGCUGGACCGGAGCAACUCGGCACCAACAACCAGCCACUGGCUGCUGCUCUGUGCUGAGUGAAGACUCGGUGCAGCCAGGAGCCUCCCCGCCGUCUCUGCCCGUCAGUUCUCUCGGUCCACGGUUAACGACAUGGCCUCCGACGGCACGGACGAGCGAUCUCCUCUGCUGUCGGGUCCCAACUCCGAGAACGUCACCCCCACUGCUCCCCCGUACCUGCAGGAUUCAAGUCCCCGAGCCGAACUACCUCCUCCCUACACAGCCAUCGCCAGCCCUGACGCCGGCGGUGUGCCUGUCAUCAACUGCCGCGUAUGUCAGUCGCUCAUAAACCUGGAUGGAAAGCUGCAUCAGCACGUGGUUAAGUGCACAGUCUGCAAUGAAGCUACACCCAUCAAGAACCCCCCAACAGGGAAGAAAUAUGUGAGGUGUCCCUGUAACUGCCUGCUCAUCUGUAAAGACACGUCCAGGAGGAUAGGAUGUCCUCGACCAAACUGCAGACGCAUAAUCAACCUGAGCCCGGUGAUGGUUAUCCCAGAGGAGCAACCUGCCCAGCCGGCACUGCCCAUCCAACCUGAAGGGAUGAGGGUGGUCUGCGGUCACUGUGGCAACACCUUUCUUGGCAGUGAGGACGCCAUGUCAUCCCAGCCAAUGUCUGGCAUCCCCAGCGAUGGCUCUCCCCCAGCACAACAACAGUGGAUGGAGCUUCGGUUUAACACGCUAGCCAAGUGUCCGCACUGCAAAAAAAUAUCCUCUGUUGGCAGUGCGCUCCCUAGGAGGCGUUGUUGUGCUUAUAUUACUGUAGGAAUGAUCUGCAUUUUCAUUGGAGUGGGUUUAACAGUUGGUACUCGGGACUUUGCCAAUCGUUACAACGCCACCUACGUGUCCUGGGCGUUCGCCUACCUGCUGGGUCUCAUCUGUCUGAUACGAGCCUGCUACUGGGGUGCUAUCAAAGUCAGCUACCCAGAGAAUAGCUUCGCCUAGAGCGGACUCGGCACAGCUCGGCACGGCACGGCCCUGUGCGGCUGGAAAAACAAACCACACUUUUAGUUUUUUUCCAUCUUGUUUAGAUUUCAAACCGGCCAUGUUCAGCAGAGUGGAAGGUCUGCAGAGCGACUGGACAGGAGUGUGUUAAAGAGGUGUAUGUUGGAGAUGUAUCUUGUUGUGUUUGUGUGUAGAAUGUUCAAAACAGUUUUGACUCGCUGAACAAAUCUAAUGUAUGUUGAUCAGUCCUCCUAUAGUCCACAAGGACUCAAAUCCUGGCCAGGUUUUGCCACAAUCCUCCAAUAUCCAGAAUCAUGAAUUUAAAAAAAACAUAUUUUUUUUUCUUAAUGAAUGCCAAGAUUUAGAUUAAAAAAAAAAAACAUUAGUUUAGCAACCUGGUUGGAUUUGGUCUUUCUGGACCAGUUUUCUUUUGUGUUUUUCCGCACUUGAUUUCUUUUGUUACUGACCAGACCAAAAUGAGACACCCUCCUAAGAACAAUUUACCCAUUGCACUACGAUUAUAUGCAAUUGUAUGUGUUGUUUUGCUGCUAGUUUAACUCCUGCUACAUAAAGCUGCAUACCCAUAUUGUAUUGUAACCAUUUACCUUGCCUAUGUACACUGACAUAGUAUUGCAUUAUGAUUUUAACUUUUGAAAUGAUCACUUUUUAAAAGAAAUCCUUAAAUACCCAUGUGUGCCAACUUUGCUGCCCAGUAUUAGUCAAGAUGAGCAAAAGAUCAGCAGGAGCUUUUUUUUUUUUUUUUUUAAAUCAAAGUGUUAUUUUUUUCUGGUGCCAUGCAGCUUUGAACUUACAACAGCAAUAACCCUUUUAUUUGAGUUAUUUUGAACCGUACCUCCCUAUGUUCUACACUGCGUUUCCGUUGCCUUCUCACUAGUGGAAAUGAUCCCACAACAUGGGGACUUAGUUUGCAUGUUGACUUGUUUCUGCUCUGUCUAAGGUGGUGUUUUUUUCAGUUUUCAGAGAGGUAGCUGAAGCUUCUGAUGCUCCUGUCUUUGCUCCUUCUGCCUGUGAGUUAGAAUGUAAAUCCUCCCCCCCCUCCCCCCUGCUUAUAAUCGCCGCUCUCUGACCUCCGGUGAACUCUCUUGCUAUAGGCUAACUCAGCAUUUACCAGUGGGCACAGCUCAAACUUCUAACCUUGUUUUGAAUGUGAUGAUUAUGAUGAUGAUGAUGAUGAUGAAGCAGAAAAUAAUGUUAAAAAAAAAAUACUGUACUCUUUGUACAUAGUUCAAAUUCAGUACUUGGAAAACUGUAGUGAGCGGUGAAAGAAGAAAGAAGGUUGCUCGUGGGUCUUUUUAAAAAUGAUAAUUUAUCAAUAAAAUGCAAAAACUGCCUGUA